CUCUCAUCAACAUGUCCCGCAUCGCAGCAGCCCGUAUGCUCGCCGGCCGCCGCGCGCUGGCCGUUGCCCCGCGCGCGCGCCUCCUCAGCGCGGCGUCGCCGAUCGCGCUCCGCUCAUCAUCAGCGUCCCCCGCGCUCGCGCUGGCCUCGUCGUCGUCGCGCCUCGCCCCCUCCCGCGCAUUCCACGCGUCCCGCCCCGCCCCAGUCUUCCACUUCACCCUCCACGACAUCGGCGAGGGCAUCACAGAGGUCGAGAUCAUCCGCUGGGACGUCAAGGUCGGCGACCGCAUCGACGCGUUUGACAACCUCUGCGAGGUGCAGUCGGACAAGAGUGUCGUCGAGAUCACGUCGCCACACGCAGGCGUCAUCACCAAGGUGAAUGCCGAGCCCGGCUCGGUGGUCAAGGUCGGCCAGACGCUGUGCGAGAUCGACAUGGGAGACGGCGCCGAGGGUGGUGAGCCCGCGCCCGAGCCCGAGGCAGCUGCCCCUCCCCCGCCCCCUCCGGCCCCGGCAGCUGCGGCGCCCCCACCUCCCCCGCCUGCGCCGGCCGCACCUGCCGCCGCCCCCGCUCCCGCCAAUGGCGAGCCCGCCAAGCGCAAGGGCAGGCCGCACCCGCUCGCCGACGCCGAGACAGCCGUCCGCUUCGAGGGCGAGGCCAGCAUCCUGCCUGCUGCGCCGCUGGCCCGCGGUGAGGUCCCCGACUUUGUCGAGGCACGCCGCGCCGGCGGCGCCGACGGCGCCAAGCGCAUCGUCAAGGCCAGCCCUGCUGUCCGCGCGCUCGCCCACCGCCUCGGCGUCGACCUCACCACCGUCAAGCCCACGGGACCUAGCAACCGCGUCGUGAAGGAGGACGUCGAGGGCGCGCUCGCUGCCGCUGAAGCCCCCGCUGCCGCCCCUGCGGCUUCUCCUCGUGCCGCUGCGCCCAAGGCUGCCGCUCCCCGUGCCGCCGCUCUCUCCGCCGACCGCGGCCAGGAAACCGAGCGCAUGGAGAUGGGCCGUACCCGCAAGGUCAUGUACCGCGCCAUGGGCUCGCAGGGUGACGUCCCGCACUUCGGCUACGUCCACUCGCUCGACCUGACCAACCUCCUCCCCCUGAUGAAGGCUGCCAACGCCAAGGAGGUCGCCAGCAAGAACUACGUCGCGUCCGACAUCCCCACUUCGCUCAUCAACGCUGCGCCGCUGCCCGAGCGCACCAAGACCUCGGUGCUGCCCUUCCUCGUCAAGGCGCUGUCGCUCGCGCUCGAGGAGCACCCCAUCAUGCGUGCUCGCGUCAAGGAGAACGCGGACGGCGACCGCUGGCUCGAGGUGGCCCGCGACGCUGCGAUCGGCAUCGCCGUGUCCGACCCCAAGAUGGGCCUCCUGACGCCGUCGCUGCCGCCCGUUCACCCCACCGCCCCGGUGUCAGCGAUCAACGACGCGCUUGCAACGCUGCGCGCGUCGCCCGCCAAGCCUGGCCCAGCGCCGAACAUCACGCUGUCGUCUGUCGGUCCUCUGGGCGAGGCGCGCAGCGCUAUGCCUGUCCUGCCUCCUGGAGGCGGCGUGGCCAUCGCGGCCAUCGGCCGCGCAGCAUGGGAGAUGGAGUGGGCGCUGCGCGACGGCGCGGGCCAGAGCGUGUGGACGCUCGACCCCGAGAGCGUGGCCAAGGGCGGCCCCAAGGCCGUCCUGCGCUGCACGGUCGGCUGGAGCGGCGACCACCGCGUGCUCGAGGGCGCCGAGCUCAUCUCGUUCACCGAGACGUGGAAGCGGUACGUCGAGGAGCCUUGGCGCUGGCUCGAGGUGUAGACGGGGGGGAGAGGGACAGGUUACAGAGUCGCAUCGUUUGUAUAGGCUUGUACCAUGCAUGAUUACAGG